ACUAGGGCCCGGCUGAUCUCACCGCGGACUGGCUUCUUCUAUUGUCUCGCAGUCGCUCCCCUCAGCGCGGGGAAACUCACCCGUUUCUAGCGGAUCUUGAUCCUUCUCAGGGGCGGAUCGUGGCGUAGCGGUGCGAGCUCUACUUCGCUUGCAAGGGCUUCUCUUUCCCCGGCCUUUGCGCCUUUCACCUCGCGGGAUGGGGACGCUGCUGCUACUGUUGGCCCUGGGCGCGCUUCUUUGUUCCGCUGCUGUCGGAGAGGCUCGUGGGGCGCGGAGCUGCGCGGAGACCCGGCAGGCGCUGUCUAGCCGCGGCUUCGCCCUCGGUUCGGUCCCGCCUACCCUUAUCUCGGGAGAGCACCUUCGCAUCUGCCCUCAGGACUACACCUGCUGCGCCAGCGAGACGGAGGAGCGCCUCAGCGAGCAAGGGCAGGCGGACCUCCAGGCGCUGCUGGGGGAGACGGGGGCCUUCUUGACCAGCACUCUCGGCUCUCGCCAGCGCCGCUUUCAGGACUUUUUCGAGGAGCUUCUUGCUGGAGCUGAGCGGUCCCUCCAGGCCAUGUUUGCCCGUUCCUAUGGGCGCCUUUAUACGCAACAUGCCCACCUCUUCCAGGGAUUAUUUGUGGAGUUGCAACAUCACCUUAAGGGGGUCCGGCCGGACCUAGAUGAGGCCCUGAGUGACUUCUGGUCUCAGCUUUUGGAGCGAAUGCUGCCUCUGCUUAACCCCCAGUAUAGCUUCCCAGAAGGGUACCUGGAGUGUGUGGGGCACCAGGUGGAGAGCCUCCAUGCCUUUGGAGACAGCCCCCGCCGGCUCCGGGUGCAG